GGAGGGAAACAAACGUCGGCGCUGCCAUGGGCCACCACCCCGGUCGCCGCGCGGAAUCCACCGAGAGGAGCGCACUGCUGCACCAGCCCCGCGCUCGGAUCUCUGAGCACCGAGCUGUGUGAUCUCCUUAUCACACCCAGCCCCUGCAGGACUUCAAAUCUGACCCCAGAGCCGUCAACGACCUUGGGAGGGCUUGCCUUCCCCCUUCCCACCCAGCACGAUGCCGAUCCUCAAGCAGCUGGUGUCCAGCUCAGUGCACUCCAAGCGCCGCUCCCGCGUGGACCUCACAGCCGAGAUGAUCAGCGCCCCCCUGGGUGACUUCCGCCACACUAUGCACGUGGGCCGCGCUGGAGAUGCCUUCGGGGACACCUCCUUCCUCAACAGCAAGGCCGGCGAGCCAGACGGCCAGUCUGUGGACGAGCAGCCCUCCGCCUCGUCUUCCAAACGCAGCCUCCUGUCUCGGAAGUUCCGGGGCAGCAAGCGGUCGCAGUCGGUGACCAGGGGUGACCGGGAGCAGAGGGACAUGCUGGACUCUCUUCGGGACUCCGCCCUCUUCGUCAAGAAUGCCAUGUCCCUUCCCCAGCUGAACGAGAAGGAGGCCGCAGAGAAGGGCUCUAGCAAGUUGCCCAAGAGCCUGUCGUCCAGCCCUGUGAAGAAGGGGAGCACUGGGGAGGGCGACGUGGAGGAGCAGGGUGCCGGAGAGGGGCUGCCCCGCCGUAACGGGGCCGAGGGCCCCCACUCUCCUGACCCCCUUCUAGAUGAGCAGGCCUUCGGGGACCUGACGGACCUGCCGGUGGUGCCCAAGGCCAGCUACGGGCUGAAGCACGCCGAGUCCAUCAUGUCCUUCCACAUCGACCUGGGGCCCUCCAUGCUGGGUGACGUGCUCAGCAUCAUGGACAAGGACGAGUGGGAGCCUGAGGAGGAUGGAGGUUACCACGGCGACGAGGGCCCUAGCAGUCUCUCUGCCCAAGCUCCCCUUCCUGCCUCAGUGGCCCCUCCACUGGCCAGGCAGGAAGGCAAGGCUGGGGCGGACUCUUCCUCACUGCGCUCCCACACUCUGGAGGAUGAGGGGUGGGCGGCGGCAGCCCCCAGCCCGGGCUCGGCCCGCAGCAUGGCCAGCCACACCACGCGGGACAGCAGCUCCCUGUCCAGCUGCACCUCAGGGGUCCUGGAGGAGCGCAGCCCCGCCUUCCGGGGGCCGGACAGGGCCCGGGCCACCCUCCUGAGGCAGCCCGACAAGGAGUUCUCCUUCAUGGACGAGGAGGAGGAAGACGAGAUCCGUGUGUGAGGGCAGGAGGGAAUGCUCCAAGCUCCUGGCUUCCUCUCUUCCCGUGCCCACCCACCACAACUUCCCACCCUCCAGAGAAGCCACCACCAAGAGACCUGGACCUCAUGGGUGAGGGACCCUGGCCAGGCCUGGGGGUCUGUGGAGGACUUGGGGAGCUGGCACGGGGGUCAACUGGCCACCUGACUUCAUUACCCACCGUGCCCUCCCCCAGCUAGAUAGGACUGGGGUUGUGUGCCCGCUGGAGAGUCAGCUUUCUUCUCUGGGCUUGCCUUUCCUCCCAGCCCUCACCUGGGUGCCAGAUGUCCACCUGGGUUCCUGCCAUGUGCAUGGACAGGUGAGCCCAUAGGCAGUCACAGUGCCAGGGCUAAGGACACACACAGCUCUCCUUUCUCUCCUGGCCUUUCUGCUGUGACUGGUGGUAGCUGCAUGGGCUGGAGGAAGAGGUGGUCCCACCUCCCAGCCCCCCUACUCCUCCAUCUCUGGUUCCCGUAGCCAUUUGGAGAUAGCGGGACCAGGUGGCCAGCCCUGAAUAUGUACAUUAAACGCAGCCCCUUCCAGGGGAGGAGAACAGGAUGGGGAGCCUAAGGAAGGCCCCUGGGCUUCCUGAAUUUUCGGGAAGGAGCCUUCCAGGCAUAACACUAGGAACAGGGCUGGGGCAACAGCUCAAGCCCUGUGGGUUUGCUUGUUCUUUAUUGUUAUUUUUAAAUCUUUAUAGAGCAGUGUCAGGAACAAUGUUACUAGGCCUGCCACCAGAAGGAAAAUCACAUCCUUCUAGAAAGCCUUUAUAUAAGUCUCCUCCGCUUGAAAAUGCAGAGCGGAUAUUAGCAUACUUCAGAGCCCCAGGAGGUCUACCAGCUCACCUUCAACUAGCGCUUCCAAACUUUAUUUAGAACUAUGUGGUGCGGGUCUGUGCACGUUGUCGUCCCUGCCUUUUUCCCCCUCCCCAAUACCUGUUAAUAACUGAAGAAGGCCAGUGUAGAAAAUGUUCUGGAUUUUUUUUUUUUUUUUAAAGAUAGUCCCAUGGGGGGAAAUAAGCUCUUUUUUGACUGGGUUCUUCCCCUCCAGACGCACCUUCUAAACCAGCUACUUCCACUUCCUCUCUAGAGGCCUCUUUGUUGAUCGAACCCCUUCUUUUGAGACAAGAGCCCCCAAGGGCAGAAUUGCCAGAUUUAGAAAACGAAACAAAACAAUAGAAAACAAGGACGCCGAGUUAAGUUUGAGUUUCACAGAAACGGCGGACAAUUUUUUAGCAUAAGUAUGUUCAAGAUAUCACGUGGAACGUGACUGAAAUAUGACGUAUUGUUUAUCUGAAAUCCAAAUUUUAAUUUGGGAUUCUAUAUUUUAUCUUGCAGCCCUGCCUGAGGGGGUUGAGUAGAAGCUCGGGUGUGAGCCCCAGGGUUGCCUGACAAUGAUUUUUCUACCUGGGAACAGGCUGACCCACCUCCUCCUCUCUCCAUCUAGCUGAUGGAGGGGGUGGGGGUGGCACAGAAAGAAUUAAUUCAACGAGGGUUCCGGCCAAGGGCUGCUGGAUCCUGACCCUGAGAGACACUAACUUAGCUCCUGCUUCACCUGCCCUCUUGGUGCUCCUGUUCCUAGUCACUUAGCCCCCUAGGUGGGGGAUGAAUCGGAAGGGGUGUUGCAGCCCCCAUCAGCUGCCCUGCAAACCCAUCCCGACAAUGGUCAGUUCCAGAUUCUAAACUGUAUUUUUUACCCCCACGAUAUUGUUAAAAUGGCGAGGAAAUAUUAAAAAAGCUCUCUAGCACCCCUGGUGUGUCUGCCUGUUUCUUGGGAGGAUUGUUUCAAGAUAGCGGCUGGGGGGUGGGGGUCCAGAAUGAGGGCCCUGGGGCUUCCUGUGCCCCCAUGGCACUUGAGGGCCUGAGGCAGCUUCUCUCUGUGUCCCCUCCCAUCCACUGUCCUUGAGCUUCCUCAUGCACCCAUCUGCCGUGGGACUGAGGUUGCGGUGCUACUUUACCAGUUGGGUGCCCUUGGGCAAGUCACUUAACUGCUUUGUGCCUCAUUCUUAUCUGUAGAGUGGGGAUCCUGCCACACAGGGCUGGGGUGCAGACAUAUGAGGUGGUACGUGCAAGGCUGCUAUUAAAAAAUGGGGGCUCUGUUCUUUCCAGCCCUCCCAAGUGCUGACCUCACAAGACUCUCCCCACCAGGAGACCACCUGGUGCAGCCUCUGCCCUUGCCUGUCUUGAGAAGCUGGGAAAAGGGGCUGACUUCCGUUUUACCCUGUGACCCUGGAGAAUGAGCUCCCGAGGGAUGCUGUCAGUAUCUCCAUUUUACAGAUGAAAAAACGCAUUCGGGGAGGCCACGUGUCCAUGUUCUCUGAAGUCACAGUAUUAGUCAGUGUUAGAGUCAGGAUAGCCACGAUUUCAAACCCCUGUCUUCCCCCCUGCCCCCGACUGCCCACUCAUACAGGGCAUUAAAGCUUCUGAAAUGAGUUCGGAGCGUGUCUGCCCCAGGUGGGGACCCGGGGACUCCCCAUCCCGCUGGCCCAGCUUCCGGCUCGUCACCUUCCUUCCCCACACCCAUAAUUUCUUAAGAAGGUAGGGUAGAGCUAGCGCUCUGCAGCUGGAGGUCCCAGUGUGGUUGGAUUCCCAGUGGGAACCUUCCUCCUCCUGCCCUGGGCAUCUACAGGGAAAUCUGGGCUCCUGUUCCAUGCUCUGCCUCUGGCCCAGAAAGCAAUAAGAGGUAUAAUUAAAAUAUCACCCAGUUUGCUCUGCCCCUAGACGGGCUCAUUAGAGCUAAUGAGGGAGGUGGCUAGGUCUGGGGAGGGGAGAGGAAGGUAGGGCUGGAACACAGCAGCCGCCCAGUGGGGUGACGGGGUCCUGGUGACUGCAGUCUAGUUCAGGGUACCUACUGGUGAAAGGAGGCACUGUUCCAGUAAGGCCCAGGCAGAGGUGGGCUAGAAGGACCUGAGUGGGGUCUGCCCCUCCCAGACAUGUAUAAACCUCCCAAAGAGAAACCCCUCCACCACCGACCAAGGAUCCUCAGGGGCCAGGAGAAUCUGUUUUGAGAAAGCUCCAACCAUUCAGGAAGCCCCUGGGGCCUAUGGAAGACCGGGCCACACCCACAACUUCAAGGAGCUAACAUUCUGGUUGGGGGCUCCAGAUCCUAAAAUUAUAGGAUCCUAAGAAGAGAAGAAGAGAGGAAAGGAGCCCUGGUGACACAGUGGUUAAGCACUCGGCUGUUAACUGAAAGUUGGGCAGUUCGAACCCACCAGCUGCUCAGAGGGAGAAAGAUGUGGCAAUCUGCUUCCGUAAAGGCUACAGCCUUGGAAACCCUAUGGGGCAGUUGUACUCUGUCCUAUAGGGUCUGCGUUGGAAUCAACUCAACGGCAAUGGGUAUAGGGGUAUAAGAAGAAGAGAAAGAGGAGUCUCAGGAUCUUAGAAUUUUAGGAUCUGGUCUACCUCUGCCUUCAUUUUACAGAUCGGAAGAUGGAGGCUGAGAGGAGAAGAGACUGGUCAAACCGCCACAAGUGGAGAAGAGCAGAGAAGCCGAAAUCUUGGCACUGUAGCCUGGCAGGCGAGGGACAGGCUGAGGGGGUGGCCUGUGCGGGGUGACAGCUGCUCACAUGGCUGGGAGUGUGGUGGGGGGAGAAGCUGGAGCUCAGGGCAAGGUUGAGGGAUUGGCUUUUUCAAGGGUAUGUGGCACUCCCCACCUCCCUGGCUCACCUCAGCCUCACACCUGAGCCCCAAAGUGCCCAGCUCUUCCUGCACUUGGGCAGAUGGUCUUCCUGGCAUGUCCCUUUUCUUUGGUGGUAACCCGUACCCAAAGCACCCCUGGGCCAUAAGGACCCUGAGUCUACAUGCAGAAAAGGGAAGUUGGGAGUAGAAAUGGGAGAGUUUGUCUACUCGUCUCCCCUCUGCCAUCUCCUCCGGGCCCCAUGGCUUCCUGCCAAUGCACAGAUGGGAGCCUGGAAAGAACAUUUUGGGGGAGGGAAAGGUGUUUGCAGGCAGAUGGAUGUUGGUGGGUUUGCUUCUAUAACCUGUUGCUCUAACCCAGGGAACUGCUGUUCCUCCAACAGGGAAACCCCCGAAAAGCACACCGGAGCAGCCAAGGGUUGCUUCCUCCCCCAGCAGGAAUCCAACCCCGAAAUGGAACUGGCAUGCUAAAAUGUCUACCAAAGCUACAGGGUGCUGCUGAAUUUUGUUUUGUUCUCCUGCCUUGCCAUGUUCCAACAAAAACUGGAGGCAGCUUACAAUAAAAAACCCAGUGCCGUCGAGUUGAUUCCGACUCAUAGCGACCCUAUAGGACAGAGUAGAACUGCCCCAUAGAGCUUCCAAGGAGCGCCUGGUGGAUUUGAACUGCCAACCCUUUGGUUAACAGCCGUAGCACUUAACCACUACGCCACCAGGGUUUCCGCAGCUUAUAAUAACACACACACACAAAAAAAAAAAUAGGAUAAAAAUAGAUCAGAAAGAACACAAUGCAGGAACAAACAGUACAACCAACCUGAGAGGGCAGUGCACAGAAACGUGCUCCAGGUAGGCCUCAACAUUCUCAAAGUGGGGCUGCAAACUGGACUCUGAGCUUCCUGCUAGUCCAAGUGAAAAGGGCAAUGUAUCUGUUACAAGACUCACAAAGACCACAGGGCGAAAAAGAUCCCAGAAUCAGGUCGGGUCUGAGAGGAGUUCUUGUGAAGCCUUUGAAGAGGAUAGGGAUGGUGUCCCAGGAGAUAUUGUCGACAACAAACAGCCUUAUAACUGAUAUGGUCACACAGUCCAUUAGGCUGCUUCCUACAGAGUUGUUCAAGCAUAAAUGGAGGGCUUGAUGCCAAGGCACAGAUCAAUAAAACCAAGUCUAUUGAGAGGAAGAUGAUCCAAUGGAAUGCAAAAAAUUAUCAAACAACAUUAUUAAUAUCACAUGCAAGUAAAAUUAUGCUGAAGAAAAUUCAAGAACAGCUACAGCAGUACAGAAAUUCAAGCCAGAUUCAGGAGAGGAUGUGAAACGAUGGAUAUCAUUGCUGAUGUCACAUGAAUCUUGGCUGAAAGCAGAGAAUACCAGAAAGAUGUUUACCUGUGUUUUAUUGACUACGCGAAGGCAUUCGGCUGUGUGGAUCAUAACAAAUUAUGGAUAACAUUGUGCAGAAUAGGAAUUCCAGAACACUUAAGUGUGCUCAUGAGGAACCUUGUUUGGACAGAACAAGGGGAUACUGCAUGGUUUAAAAUCAGGAAAGGUGUGCGUCAGGGUUGUAUCCCUUCACCGUACUUAUUUAAUCUGUAUGCUGAGCAAAUAAUCCGAGAAGCUGGACUAUAUGAAGAAGAAUGAGGCAUUAGGAUUGGAAGAACACUCGUUAAUAACCCGUGAUGUGCAGAUGACUUGACCUUCCUUGCUGAAAGUGAAGAGGACUUGAAGCACUUACUGAGAAGAUCAAAGACCACAGCCUUCAGUAUGGAUUGCACUUCAACAUAAAGAAAACGAAAAUCCUCACAAUGGGACCGAUAAGCAACAUCAUGAUAAACGGAGAAAAGAUUGAGGUUGUCAAGGAGUUCAUUUUACUUGGAUCCACAGUCAACACCCAUGGAAGCAGCAGUCAAGAAAUCAAAAGAUGCAUUGCACUGGCCAAAUCAGCUGCAAGAGAUCUCUUUAAAGUGUUAAAAAGCAAAGAUGUCACUUAAAGGACUAAGGUGCACCUGACCCAAGCCAUGGUGUUUUCAGUCACAUAAUAUGCAUGCAAAAGCUGGAUAAUGAAUAAGGAAGACUGAAGAAAAAUUGAUACCUUUGAAUUAUGGUGUUGGCAAAGAAUAUUGGGCUGCCAAAAGAACAAACAAAUCUGUCUUGGAAGAAGUACAACCAGAAUGCUCCUUAGAAGCAAGGAUGGUGAGACUGCGUUUUGCAUACUUUGGACGUGUUGUGAGAAGGAAUCAGUCCCUGGAGAAGGACAUCAUGCUUGGUAAAGUAGGGGGUCAGUGAAAAAGAGGAAGACUCUCAACAAGAUGGAUGGACAGUGGCUGCAACAGUGGGCUCAAACAUAGCAACAAUUGUGAGGAUGGCACAGCAUUU